AUGGGAUUUGGGGAAAAAGCUAUAAAGCUGCAAGAUGAAGCUUGUGAAACGAAAACAAUUUGCCUGCAUGCUUUUGCGGUUCUAACCUAUGUUGCUCCAGUAGUAUUCUUAUACCUUCUUAAAGAAUGUUAUGUUCAUGGAAGCUUCAAGGCAACUAAAAAGUUCCGAGCUCUUCAACAAGAAGUUCAACAUGUUCUAAGUAAUGCUUCCCAACCAGGACCAGCAACUUUUGUCGCUCAUUGUCUCUAUAUCCUGCCUAUUUUUGGAUCAUACUGUGAAGGCUUCAGUCAUUUGCUCGUAUCUUCUUUUCAUCGUUCUCUAAAGACAGAAGUCACCACCGGAGACUUUUCGGAAGCAAAAUCUUUAGCUGCACAGUUAUUUCUUGAUAUUGUUGAGGGUUUUAUUGACCAUGACGAGAGGAUUGCUGUGAAGAUACUCGAAGUGUUUGAUGUAAGAUUGACAGAUAUUGAGAAAGUUGCGUCCCAAUCAAAGGCCAAGAAUGACCACAGGUUUCACAGUGUAAAGACAUUUGUUGAGCAGUAUAUAUUUGGAUUGAUAGAAUCACAGUCAUAUACGGAAGCAGUGAAUCUGUUGGAUCAUUUAUCUAUCCGUCAAUCCGGGCAAUCUUUUCUUCUCAAAAUGAUAGAAAACAAGGAAUUCCGAGCAGCAGAGAAGUGGGCAACGUUUAUGGGGCAACCAAUGUUAUCUAUACUCGUCCAGGAGCAUGUUCACAGGAACAAGCUAAAGUUUGCUUAUUUGAUUGUAAAGAAGAACAAUCUCCAGCAAGAAUUCCCAGAUGUGCAUCACAAAUACAAAGAAAGCGCACUAAAAAAGUUGGCAGAAAAAGCAUGCUGGGAUGUGGCAGAGGCCAAGGCAAAUGGUGAUAGACAAUUAGUUGAGUAUCUGGUUUAUCUGGCCUUUGAAGUUGGUUACUUUGAGAAGGUUGAUGAACUGUGUGAUCGUUACUCCCUUGAAGCUUUUCCAAAAGCACAAGAACAUGAAGCAAGUUUUCUGCCUCAUCGCUUUUUAAAUCUCAAUGAAUUGCUAGUAGAAGCCGUAAUAUGGGUGGACGCUAAUGGUCUUGGUGAGGCUACAUGCCACAUUGAGGGAUCCAAAGUUGUGGGCCUUGACUGUGAAUGGAAACCCAAUUAUGUAAAAGACAGCAAACCAAACAAGGUUUCUAUCAUGCAAAUAGCUUCAGAUAAGAAGGUUUUCAUCUUUGACUUGAUAAAAUUAUAUAAGGAUGUGCCUGCUGUUCUAGACAACUGCCUAACCCGCAUCUUGCAGUCCUCAAGAAUUCUAAAACUUGGUUAUAGUUUUCACUGUGAUUUAAAGAAACUAGCUCAAUCCUAUGGAGAUUUAAAGUGUUUCAAGUGCUAUAAUAUGCUAUUGGACAUCCAAAAUAUGUUCAAAGAUCCCCGAGGUGGCCUCUCCGGUCUUGCAGAGAAAAUAUUGGGAGCCGGCUUAAACAAAACAAGACGGAAUAGCGACUGGGAACAAAGACCAUUGACUCAGAAUCAGCUCGAGUAUGCUGCUCUAGAUGCUGUUGUUCUUAUUGAAAUAUUCUAUUGUGUACGGGACCAUUCCCAUAUCGCUAAUGCAUUAGACAACCAUGGCAAAAUCGAGUGGAAAUCUCAUAUUGUUUCUCACGUAGAUAAUCCAAUAAAGUCUAAAAACGAAUCUAGACCUAGAAAUGAACCGGGAGUCGAGGACCACGAGCCAUGAGAGUUUUGGUUUCCACACCAAUCACAUUGCAGCAUGGUUAUAAAUUGUUUUCAAUUGCGACAGAGGAAGGGCGAUCUUAACUCAUUCUCAACAGGUUGAUAUGCUAGGGUCAAGGGUUUAUGCUUGACAGGAAAGCCUGUAAAUAUGGUACAAAU